AUGUUUCCAUCGGCAGCUAACAUUCCGGAAGGAAAAUCCGAGACACAAUCUCCUAAUGGAACUAGUUGGCUGCAUAGCACAUCCUACGUACCUAAGGUUAUCGAAUCGAAAUCAAAUAACCCCAGGAAGAAGCAUUUAAAUAUUAAAAAACGGAAAAGGCCCCACAGUCCAUCAAUCGACGACCACAUUAAAUCGGAGGUGAUAGAUGUGGACUUUAUAAUAGACACGAAGGGAAAUCCAGCUCUUUUGGAAUUUGGAUGCACAUACGAAGGUGAUGUUCCUAAAUUUAACGAGAACGUAAGAAUCCCCAUUCUCGGCUGCCCUAAAAGGCUUCGCAUAAUCGAUCUCGAGCCUGAUCUUCGGGAAAAGGAAACCAAGCACAAUAUUUCUCGGCGAUACUUUUCCAAAAAGAAUCGGUCACUUUUAGCCAAAUGCGUUGUCGGCCAGACUUUGUCUCCAAAGAUAGAGUCCAGAAAUGAACCAGGGCGUUCAUUUUACACAGUAGUUCAGGAAGGGUUAAUUUCUCAUUCAGAGUCUGUUGAAUCGAUUUCAAUAUGUUCAAAGAAAGUUGAUAAGGUUGCAGAUCUUAAUCGAGCCGUUUAUGAUAACCCCCAAGACCUCAAAUCUUGGUUCGAACUGGUUGAACUCCAACCGUCGAAUGUCAAUAAUCAAGACGAGGGGCAGAGACCUCUGGAAAGCAGUAUUAGCAACCGAUAUGCCAUUCUAGAUCGUCAAUUAGCUGUUGUUGAACGAGCGGCAGAAAAGAAUCAUGGAAAUCUUCGUCUGCGUCUUCUCAAGGCCGCUAUGUAUGAAUACGCCACUGAGCUGAUAACAGCUGGUGCCUGUCGGAAUUCCUCAGAAGCUCACACCAAAAAACACAAUGUUGCACUUGAAUGGUAUGAUCUGGUUCGUGUUUGCCCACAAUUUGUGGGUGUUUGGAGGGGAUAUUUAUCCUAUUUGAGAGGAAGAUUUGCGGUGCUCGAUUUGAUGGGUGGAGACGGAGAACAGAGGGACUCUUUCAAUAGAAUCAAUGGACUGUAUAGACGGGCUUUAGAUACCUUAUCAGGUCUUGUGGUUGGAAGAAUUGUUUCACAUAGGCCGACUGACAGUACUGCAGAUGAAGCAGUUGAUCUUCUGGCCGAGUACUGUCAAUGGCUCUCCCAGACGGGUUUCACUGAACGGGCCUUCUCAAUUUGGCAGGCUCUCAUUGAGUUUACUUGUUUCUGUCCACCUGGUCUUCAAUCCCAAGGCCUUUCCACCUCAUACCAACAGCGAAGAGAAUUUAAAAACUUCUGGACUGCGCCUGAUCGCGGACCCGCUUUUGGUGUUCCUGGUGCUUGUGGCUGGGCUGCAUGGGAUUCGGGACGGAGUCAUGGAACUGGUGGCAGGAGAUUUGCCGAUGGUCUUAUCGCUACAGAUCCUGAUCCGGUGCUUGCUGAAUUGGAAGAGGAUUGGGGGCCUAAUUCUUCCACGGCGGAGGCUAGAUGGAAAAGGAUCGUUAAAGAUUGGAGUGAUAUUGGCGAUGCUGCUGAAGAUGCCCUCCUAAAUUACGGCGUCAAUCUUCCCAAAAUUGUAACUCACGACUCUAAAAUUCAUCACUCCACCGAAGGGAGCCUCAACAGUCGCCGAUCCCGUGGUCUUGCAUGGCUUGGUCUAGAAAGAGUUCGUGAAUCCGUCGGUUGGUUGCCUGCAGACGCCACUAUGGAUGAUCCUUCGGUGUUGGAAGAUACGGAAAGAGUUCCGAAGUUUGAAGACAUUGAGCCACUCCUCCUGGAAGUUCAUUUGGAUCCAAAAGUCUUGGAUGAGUCUCUACUUCAAAGACGAAAACAGAGAAUGAUUUUACUGUUCCUUGAGUUUUUGGGAGUUUGGGAGCCGGAUGUUGCCAGGACUUAUAAAUUGCCUGCAGAAUUAGAACAACUCCACGAGCUCUCUUCUGUGAGUUGUCUCCAACGUCAAGCCAUAAAUCCUCGUCAAUUUGGCUUCCCUUGGCUACGUCCUGGUUUAGAAAAUCUUAGCAACACCGGUUCCGUUAUCAGUUAUCGGAUGCGUUCUGUGCUAGUAUCUUCCAGUCUUGAACAAGCGUCCCGCCUCUUCCCAACAGAUGUUGUCUGGCAGUCGUCAAUUAGGCGUUUGAUGUUCCACUAUUUAUCGUCGCAAAUUGAGCAGGCGUUGUCAAUGAAUCAAAUUACGCCAAAGGCAGCACUAACACUAUGGAGAAAGAAAGCAAAAGGCCUACUUGAACAGUCGCAGAGUGAUUUAAAUUUGUGGUUAGCUUAUGCCAAAGGCUUGACUCGGACUGCCUGUGCAGUUUCAGUUGUUAAAUCGCCUCUUUUUUCCGAAGCUCGAAAGGUGUUCACUUCAACACUUCGCAUGUUUCCCUUACCUGCGGAGCUGCCGACUAAUUUAGAGGAGCAGUUGAAUACCCUUUUACCACGAUUGAGAAUAUUACACGCUUUUGUAGAAUUUGAACUGGGUGUCAAUUUCUCAAUAGACCAAACAAAGAGUCACUCUCAUGUUGAGUGUUUUAAUCGCAUUUUACAUCUUAUUCAGCACGCCGCUAUUGGAGGUGCCUUUAUUCCCGUUUCGGAAAAAGAUGUUCAGACAGUUUCUGUGAUCCCAAACGCUGUUGACGAACUUGAUUUACGUCUCGAGGCUUUGUGUAGCCAAUCUUCGCAUUCUUCUGAGUAUAACUAUAUCUCAGAAAUGGCUGCCAUUGUGGCUUCUCUGCGUCUUUGUUUGCAGUUAGUAACACAGAACGAAGUGAAUUUCCAUGAUACUUGUGAAAAGAUCUUUAAAUCUCUGCUCCGCGUCGAUUGUGAGGAGGAUAGGCAGGUGGGUGCAGGCUAUGCAUCUAGGUGUUUCCUUCGCUUGGUGCUACCAAUUCUUUCCACCGUGAGUACUCUGCUUCAACGCAAUCGCACGAGUCUAAUUAACAUACUACUUGGCGUUAUGAGUAACAUGUUUGAUAUCAAUUCGACAAUGCCACUCCUAACAUCGCCAUUUGAAUGGACUCAUCUCCUGCCUUUCAAAGUAGCGGCCAAUUGCAGAGCUAAUGCGGAUAAAACAUGUACUAUUGAAAUCUUGAGCUUCCUGGUUACUCAUAAGGAUAGAAAUUAUCUAAACGAUCUCCUUAUAAUCUUACUUUUUCUAUUUAAACCCUGCGUUUCUACUGGGUAUCAGCGUCGUCUCCAGGGUCUCCUUCCCCCUCUCGUUCUGUCCUCUCUCGAGUCCCGACUUACAGAAAAUGUGAGGGGUGUAUGUGCAGGUGUGACCCGUCACCUCAUGGCCACUUGUAGUCGUGACACUGUGCGUCCACAUCGAUUCGACCAAGCUCCACCUCUUGCUACGGAGCCAGCACGGCUUCUUGGUCUUCCAUCCUCUCAACAGACGGAAAUAAUGGCACGUUUGCUGCCUUCCUCGCUAGAUCUCCUCUUUGUGGGCCUGGAGUUGGAACAUUGGACCUCUCUUGUUGCGGGCACAGACCGCGAUAGUAUUCGUCAUGUUCUCAAUUCCCUACGGGUAACAGUUCGCAAGAUUAGUGCUAUUGUCGAGGAGACAACGUGUUUGUGUGGAGUGAGAGAGAGAGAGGUUACAAAUCACACCAAGCCUAUUAGAGCUACCUUCACAUCUCAAGAGGAAAUUACAGGUUGCUCGGAAUGA